GACUUGAAGUACUUUCUGCUAGAGCAACGUCCUAUCUUUUCUUAUGGAGGGGAUUUGACUCUGUUGGUACAAUUCUUCUUUUAUUAUGGAGGGGAUUUGGUCCUGAUGGUACUUCUCUUCUUUUAUUAUGGAGGGGAUUUGGCCCCGUUGGUACAGUUCUUCUUUUAUUAUGGAGAGGAUUUGGACCUGUUGGUACAGUUCUAUCAGCUGUCGGGGGAUUUACCCCUGUUGGUAUUUGUGAAACAUUUACAGAAAUGGAUCCCUGCCUUUUAUUAAAGCUUACAGGAGAU